GCACAACAAAAAUAUGGAUGUUAAACAAAGCAUAUGUUUUGUAUAUAAAAUGAGGCAAAAAGAUGAAUUUCCCAAAUUGCAAUUAUGAUUCAACCGCAAAAUGUUAUAUCGUCCAAAGAGUUGUGCCGCAUAUGUGCUUUUCAAACCAUCAAAUGUGCAACACACGCACAAAUUUUUUUAGUUUUUGUAUUAAGAUUUAAAAAACUUGCAAUUCAGUUUUAGCCGCUAAAUGCUCCUUCAUAUUCUGGGAGAACUUAAAACUGCAUUAGAAAAAACUAUGAAUUAUCUUCAACAAAUCAAUCAACUUUUUUCGGGCGAUGAUUGCCAAUCUAUAAUGCAAACCCAAUUAUCAUCAUGCCAUUUCAGGAAAUCUACUAAAGCCUGUGCUAGACCAUUACUCAAAGCCGUUGAAAGGAAAACCAGAAGCAAAAUGUCGGAUUGGGGUGAUAACGAUACUGAGGUCGUUGGUGGCAAAGGGUUUGGCAACAACGAUCAAUACAAAAACAAUGAUAACUAUCAAAAUGAGAAUGAUGGUGGCUUCCAGGAUCAGAAUGACGGAGGUGAUGACAAUGGAGGUUAUAACAAUAAUCGCAAUGGCUUUGGUGGUGGCUUUAGAGGGCGUGGAGUCGGUGGCAGAGGACGUGGUGGCCGUGGAGCAGGUCGCUUUAGCGGAAACAACAGAUAUGAGAAGAAUGGAGAUGAUAAUGAUGAAAAUGGAGGAUCCUAUGGUCGCGGUGGAAACAACCGAUAUAAUAACCAUGGGGAUGAGAACAAUGAUGAAAACGGAGAAUCCAAUGGCUACAACAAUGGCGGCUUUGGCGGUGGACGAGGACGCGGUGGCGGCCGUGGGCGUGGUCGUGGUGGUGGCGGCGAUCGUGGUGGACAUCGGGAAUUCAAUAAUAAUAAAGGUGAAGAGGACGGUGUGGAUGAAAAUGGCGAACCACAAAAGCCUCGCGAGUUUUACAUACCUCCCGAACCCACAGACAACGAAGAUGAAAUUUUUGGCACCGGUAUUACAAGCGGCAUAAAUUUCUCAAAAUAUGACAGCAUUCCAGUAAAGGUAACUGGUGAAAAUGCACCCGCGCCCAUACAAACCUUUGAGGAGGCAGCCCUCCGAGAACUAGUGCUGACCAAUGUCAAACGGUCUGGCUAUAAAAUGCCCACUCCAAUACAAAAGACUGCCAUACCUGUUAUUUCCGCUGGUCGGGAUUUAAUGGCUUGUGCCCAGACAGGUUCUGGAAAGACAGCCUCCUUCUUGUUGCCCAUUAUCAAUAGUCUCUUAAACGAGGGCGCUGAAACUUCCAUAGGCAAGCCACAUGCCCUAGUGGUAUCUCCCACCCGUGAAUUGGCCAUACAAAUCUUCAACGAGGCACGUAAAUUUGCCAUGGGUUCCUAUUUGAAUAUACGUAUUGUAUAUGGCGGCACCUCCUCCAAGCAUCAAAUGGAAAACAUAGGCAAAGGCGGUAGCCAUAUACUAAUCUGCACUCCCGGCCGCCUUUUGGAUUAUGUGGAAAAGUGUUAUAUCUCCUUCGAGGAGACACGGUUUGUGGUGCUAGAUGAAGCCGAUCGAAUGCUGGAUAUGGGCUUCAAGGAAAGCGUUUCAAAAAUCAUGACUCAUCCUACCAUGCGCAGCAUGGAUCAGAGACAAAAUUUGAUGUUCUCUGCCACAUUUCCUGCCGAGAUACAACGCAUGGCUGGCGAAUAUUUGAAUGAGUAUAUUUUCAUAGCUAUAGGUGUAGUGGGUGGUGCAUGUUCGGAUGUAACCCAAAAUAUUUACGAAGUUAAGAAAUCACAAAAGCGAGCAAAGCUGUUGGAACUCCUGCAAGAAAAUCCAGAUGGCACUAUUGUCUUUGUGGAAACAAAACGUGGAGCCGAUUUCUUGGCCUCCCUACUUUCCGAAACCGAAUUUCCCACAACUUCCAUACAUGGUGAUCGUUUGCAGCGUCAACGGGAGGAAGCUCUUAAGGAUUUUAAAACUGGUAGAAUGAAAGUUUUGAUAGCUACCUCAGUGGCAGCACGUGGUUUGGACAUUAAAAAUGUGCGUCAUGUGGUCAACUAUGACAUGCCACAAUCUAUAGAUGAGUAUGUACAUCGCAUUGGUCGCACAGGACGUGUGGGUAACAAUGGACGGGCGACAAGUUUCUUUGAUCCUGAGAGUGAUUCUGCCAUAGCCCCAGAUUUGGUGAAUAUUUUGGAAGGUGCCGGUCAAGAAGUUCCCGAAUUCCUAAAGGCUCAUGCCUCCGGAGGUGGUGGCGGCGAUUAUAGCAGCCGCUUUGGUGGCCGAGAUGUACGGAAGGGCGUACCACAGAAUGAUAACAAUUUUGUUACCUCUUCAGCACCCGCUGCUCUGGAAGAUGAUGAGGAAUGGAAUUAAAAACCCCUUCACUCCCCACCUUAUAGUAUACUGUUUCUAUCAUGUUAGCCUAGAAUUUUUUCCUUAACAAUUGAAUUGAAUUUUUUUAUUUUUAUCUUUUCCAAAUCCUUAUCGCGCUUAGCGAAAAUUCAAACAAUCUCAGAGAACAUAAAUGUAUACUAACAUUGUAAACAAAAAAAAAACUAUUUUUAUAUCAUAAUGUAUUUGAAAUUACAUUAAUUUAUAACAAA